GUCUAACAUUCCAGAUCCUUGUCUAAACAACCCAAACAAAACCAUAUAUUUCCCUCACCCUGCGGAUGUAAGGAAAUUCAUACAGUGUGACCUUCUUGGCAGAAUGUAUAUUAUUCAGUGCCCUAGGGGAGAAAAAUACGACUUCACUACAUCAUCUUGUGCAGGAAAUGCUUCUACACCGACUGGCGCAACGCCACUGCCAGGUACAACGACGGUACAAGUAACCAAUUUACAAACACCUGCACAAACUACUUCGCCAACACCUGCACAAACCUAUUCAGCAACACCUGCACAAACCAAUUCACCAACACCUGCACAAUCAAAUUCACCAACACCUGCACAAGUAACCACACAACCAACAACUGUACAAGUCACCACUUCACCUACGCCUGCUCAAAGAAUCACAACCACUUCAGCAGCUUCGGCAACGCUAUCAAAAAAUCCUUGCACGAAUGCUAACUUUGCCCAAGGGCUCAAUUAUUUCGCACACCCAACUGAUCGUAAUAAGUUCAUUGAGUGCGACUUGACUGGGAAUGCUAUAGUAAUGUCAUGUGAUCCAGGAUUAGUAUGGGACCAACAACGAAGAGCAUGCGGAUUUAAUAUGCAACCAGGACGGUUUCAAAUUCCAACAGGUACACCAGUUCAAACUUCAACAGUUGCUGUAAAGAUAACUACACCAGCGAAGAAUCCAUGCACUCCAGAUGCUAUCAGCCAUAACCAGCUUUUCCACCCUCAUCCUGAUCCACAUAAAUUUUACCAGUGUGAUAUGGCAGGAAAUGUCCAGACGUAUGAUUGUCCCCCAAGUCUUGUAUGGAAUGGUGUGGCGAAGACAUGCACUGCUUCUUACUUAUCACUUCCAGCGAUUGGUUAA